GGCGGCUGAUGGUGGGGCAGAUGGAUCCGCGGCCCGCCGCAGGGCUGCCGUCAUCAACCAUCCGUUGCCAACGGCUGUUGACCUCAAUUUGCGACGUCCAUCGAGCCUUCACACCAUUGCCGCGCCGGACACUCGCGAUCGCCGAUACGUUGCCGACAACCAUCGCGCACUACUUACGUUGUUGAACACACUCGGAACUUCUGCUUGUUGGAGGGCCGAGGGCCGCCUGAGCCGUUGCCAUGGGCGCUCUCCUCUCGAUACCGCUGCUGGCGGUGCCGAGUAUGGGCACCGUUCUAUCCUUUGCAGCAAGCUGUUGCGGCGCCGCGACCUGCUCGAUGGUGUGCAGCGCAUGCGGGAAAUGUGGCAACAGUGUCGCGACUCGUAUCGCCUACGCUCUUUUACUGCUCGUCAACUCAAUACUAUCGUGGAUCAUGCUUACGAGAUGGGCCAUCGAGAAACUCCAACAUCUCAUGCUCGACUACGUCAAGAUCAAGUGCGGCGACGGCGACUGUCACGGCUGGCUGGCCGUUCAUCGCAUCAACUUCGCCCUCGGCAUGUUCCACCUUGUGCUUGCCGCCCUAAUGAUGGGUGUACACUCGUCCAAGAACCCCCGCGCUGCCAUCCAAAACGGCUUCUGGGGCCCCAAGAUCAUUGCCUGGCUGGGCCUCAUCGUCCUCACCUUCUUCAUCCCGGACACCUUCUUCCAGUUUUGGGGCAACUACGUGGCCAUGAUUGGCGCCAUGAUGUUUCUAGUUCUGGGCUUAAUCCUGCUGAUUGACUUGGCGCAUAACUGGGCCGAGUACUGUCUCGCGCAGAUUGAGGACACCGAGUCCAAGACAUGGCGCGUCGUUCUGAUCGGCUCCACGCUAGGCAUGUACCUGGCAUCCCUGGCCAUGACUAUUGUGCAGUACAUCUUCUUCGCCUCAAGCGGCUGCUCCAUGAACCAAGCCGCCAUCACCGUCAAUCUGCUCCUCUGGAUCGCGAUCGCCUUCAUCUCAGUCCACCCAACCGUCCAAGAAUACAACCCCAAAGCCGGCCUCGCCCAAGCUGCCAUGGUGGCCAUUUAUUGCACCUACCUCACCAUGUCUGCCGUCUCGAUGGAACCGGACGAGACCCCAGACCACCGGUGCAACCCGCUGGGUCUCGGCCAAGGGACACGCACAACGACCGUCGUCAUCGGCGCCAUCGGGACCAUGCUCACCAUCGCUUACACCACGACGCGCGCCGCAACACAGAGUCUCGGGCUCGGGGGCAGCGGUAAGAACGGCGGGCAGAUCCGUCUGCCGGACAGUGAAGCCGACUACGAGCACGACCUAGUCACCACCCAGCCUGCGGCGCGCAAGCAGAUGCGCGCCGAAGCGCUCCGCCGCGCCGUCGAAGAGGGCAGCCUGCCGGCGGACGCGCUGCUGUCCGAGAACGACGACGACGACGACGCCUCCAGCGACGACAACGCGCGCAACCACGACGACGAGCGCGGCAGCACGCAGUACAACUACGCCAUGUUCCACGUCAUCUUCUUCCUGGCCACCGCGUGGGUGGCGACGCUGCUGACGAUGGACUGGGACGACAACAAGGGCCAGAACGACGGCUUCGCCACGGUGGGCAGGACGCUCUGGGCCAGCUGGGUGAAGAUUGUCAGCUCGUGGGUCUGCUACGCCAUGUAUAUUUGGACGCUGGUCGCGCCCAUUGUGCUGCCGGAUCGCUUUGCUCUGGACUAGAUAGACUUUUAGCCGAUUGGUUAAGCGGGUAGACAGGCUUCUGUCUCUGUUUUGCUGAUGUGUGGAUGAAUGGAUUGAUAUGGCUUCGGGCGGCAUAUGCGCUUUCUCUGUUUUUUUCUUUUUUCUUUCUCUCUCUCUCUCUCUCUCUCUCUCUCUCUGCUUUGUCUCUUUCAUUCCAAUGGUCUCCUUUGCUACCCCAUAUCCAUGCUCAUGUCUAGUGGUUAUUUCUCUUGUUGUU